UUUGACAGCGGCGGAGGUGCGUCGAGUGUCGGCGGAGGUUAUUAAGCGUUUGUGGAAAUGUUAUAAAUGAUAUUUGUCUGCAGUGAGCGGCGGACGGCACCGGUACCGGAUCCUGGACGCCCCGAGACGCGAUGUUUGACCAGCAACGGCCGGUAAACCUAAAGGCUGAUGUGUGACUGGCGCUCGGCCCCUGUCCGCCAGCAUGGUAGACAUGGAGAAACGCUACAGUCCUCCGUCUCCGCUGGACGACUCUGUGCUGGACAGUCCGCUGUUCGUCGGGGGCAUGGAGGAGCUGCGGAACAUCUCUCAGUCCAUGGAUGAAGACGCUCUCAGCAGCUUCGAGAUGACUGAGAACCAGUCGUCCGGCCUGGGCUCUGGAUCCGAGAGCUCCACCGCGCUGGAUGCUCUGACCCCUGCCUCCAGCCCGUCAUCAGGUGUGUACGGCGGCCCGGCGGGUCAGGACGACUUCACCUCCACCUCUCUGAAUCUAGAGUGUCGUGUGUGUUCGGAUCGAGCAUCAGGAUACCACUAUGGCGUUCAUGCUUGUGAGGGCUGCAAGGGUUUCUUCCGUAGGACCAUUCGGCUCAAACUGGAGUACGAUAAGUGUGAACGCCGCUGUAAGAUCCAAAAGAAGAACCGAAACAAGUGCCAAUACUGUCGAUUUCAGAAGUGCCUGUCUGUGGGCAUGUCCCACAAUGCCAUCCGCUUUGGGCGAAUGCCGCAGUCUGAGAAGCUGAGGUUGAAGGCAGAGAUCCUGACGGGAGAACGAGAGGUCGAGGAUGAUCAGAAAACCCUGGCCAAGCAGAUCUAUGAGGCCUACGUGAAGAACUUCAACAUGAACAAAUCCAAAGCACGAACCAUCCUGACGGGAAAGACAAGCACGCCACCCUUCGUGAUCCAUGACAUGGAGACUCUUCAGCUGGCAGAACAGACGUUUGUGGCCAAGAUGAUGGGCUCUUGUGGAGGUCUGCUGAAUAAAGACCCUGAGGUGCGGAUAUUCCACUGCUGCCAGUGCACUUCAGUCGAGACCGUCACCGAACUGACCGAAUUCGCCAAAUCUGUGCCCGGAUUCUCAAACCUCGACUUAAACGAUCAGGUAACGUUACUGAAGUACGGUGUCCACGAGGCUCUGUUCGCCAUGCUGGCCUCCUGCAUGAAUAAAGACGGUCUUCUGGUGGCGUACGGCAGCGGCUUCAUCACCAGAGAGUUUCUGAAGAGUUUACGGCGGCCCUUCAGUGACAUGAUGGAGCCCAAGUUUCAGUUCGCCAUGAAGUUCAACUCCCUUGAGCUGGACGAUAGUGACCUCGCACUGUUUGUCGCUGCCAUCAUCUGCUGUGGAGAUCGUCCCGGUCUGGUGAACGUCCCGCAUAUCGAGCGAAUGCAGGAGAGCAUUGUUAACGUGCUUCAUCUGCACCUAAAGAGCAACCACCCGGACCACGGAUUUCUGUUCCCCAAACUCCUGCAGAAGCUGGUGGAUCUGCGUCAGCUGGUGACCGAACAUGCACAACUAAUACAGGAGAUCAAGAAAACGGAGGACACGUCGCUGCAUCCGCUGCUGCAGGAGAUCUACAGAGACAUGUACUGAAGACCCACAUUUCUGGAAAAACCCAGCUCUCUCAGGGGCCUGCCAUCUUUUAUAAGGAGCAUCAUAUAAACCACUGUUUGCUGGGGUUAAUAACCACAUGUGCAGAAAGCAGAUUUUCUGGAGUUGUUGACUUUUUUUGGAGAGAGAAAGUCAAGACAAUUCAAAUGGACGUACAGUCAAAGUCAAAAUUAUUAGCCCUCAAAUAUUUCACAAAUGAUGUUGAACAGAUUCAGGAAAUUUUCACAGUAUUUCCUAUAUUUUUUCUUCUGGAGAAAGUCUUAUUUGUUUUAUUUAGGCUAGAAUGAAAGCAAUUUUUAAUUUUUGAAAAAACAUUUUAGGGUCAAAAUUAUUAGCACCCUUUUUUCAAUUGUCUACAACAGUGAUUCCCAAAGUGGGGUUUGUGGGACAAUGAAAGCGGGUCGCUUGGUGAUUUCCAAAAGUCAAAUAAAUUUUAUUUAACUAUUCAAAUGACCAUAUUUUAUCCAUAACCAUAAAAUAGUAAUUAAUAGUGACAUAAAAAAGCAACAACGAAACCUUUCAAUUUUAUUCCCCAUAGGACUGUGUUUACCUUAGGUCAGGUGUGUCCAAACUCAGUCCUGGAGGGCCGGUGUCCUGCAUAGUUUAGCUCCAACUUCCUUCAACACACCUGCCUGAAGUUUGUAGUAUACCUGAAAACAGCUUGAUUAGCUGGUUCAGGUGUGUUUAAUCGAGGUUGGAACUAAAAUAUGCAGGAAACCGACCCUCCACGACAGAGUUUGGACACCCCUGCCUUAGAUUAACAACACAGCAAUAGCGUCAACUGCAGCAGAUUGAUUUUAUAGAACCAGGUUAAACUUUCUGACACCUUUAUGGCAAACAAAUACAUUAAAGAGCCCAUAUUAUACAUGAAAUAGGGUCAUAUUUAGGUUGUAAGGGUCUCCAACAACAGUCUAAUAUGCAUGCAAGGUCAUAAAACACUUUGAUGGUCUUAUAAUCUGCAUUUAUUUUUACCUAAUUAUCCCAACGACUCCCAUAUGAAUCGUUCAGCGAUUCAUUUGUUCCCAACCCCCUCCUCAGCGCGAAGCUAAUCUGCGCUGAUUGGACCGAUGACAGCCUGCUGCGAUUGGUCGACAGUGACAGCCUUCAGCACGAGACAGAGUGAAAUGCCCAGCUGGUAAUCAACUAUAUAAAAGUAGUCACAGUGCACACGCGCUUCAUAGUGUAAGGCUUUUUUCACACACACACACACAACCCUCCUCAGAAGAACUGGGGAGAUCGACGCGAGUCUCUCUCUCUCUCUCUCUCUCUCUCUCUCUCUCUCUCUCACACACACACACACACACACACACACACACACACACAACGCUCCUCAGAAAAACUAGGGAAAGCGACGCGAGUCUCUCUCUCUCUCUCACACACACACACAACGCUCCUCAGAAGAACUAGGGAAAGCGACGCGAGUCUCUCUCUCUCUCUCUCUCUCUCUCUCUCUCUCUCUCUCUCUCUCUCACACACACACACACAUACACACAACGCUCCUCAGAAGAACUAGGGAAAGUGACACGAGUGUCCUGUCUCCUAGCUUAUGAUCGAUCGCCAUAGCAACGACAAACGGCAGUGGAACGCGAGCUCACAAAAGCCUUUAACGUUAAAUCCGUAAACAAAGCGGCACGCGUCGCGUUUUUAACGUGGCUUACAUGUGAUAAGAGAAUAUAAAGAGUAACCGCGUGUACUGUACCAGGUUAACAACUCAUCUUUGGGUAGAGACUGUCAAUAUUAUCCAUCUGAGCACAGCGUGACUUCAUUGGACCGGCAUCGUCUGUGUGUGUGUGUCUAGUGUUUUUUCUGUGUUAGUGGGCGGGGCCGCAGGUUUCAAAUCUCCCUGGUUUGCGCGCGUAACUACUGGCGAGGCUUGUGUUUCGUGGCUGCGUCAUCGCGAAACACCUAAUGACUCGUUAUCAAGGCGACUCGUUUGAAGCACUAUGAGUCGACUCUUUUAUAGAUGAAUCAAUAGUUUUAAACACUGUACACUUACAGAUUUAAGCCUUAGCUGGAUAUUUCACUUCACUUAGAGCUGUGUUACACACUACAUGGAAGGGCAUUUUCAAAAACCCAUAAUAUGGGCUCUUUAAAAAUAAAUACAGGCCACAACUGAACAUUGAGGAUGAUCUCUGAGUGGUCUCGUCUCAUUAGGUGAGGUUAAUAUUAAAUUAAAGAAAUUAAUAAAUGACUAUAAAUUAAAGCCUAUGGUUGUUAGACUGUUGUGUUGUCAAUAUGCUUGUGUUUAUAUAGGCCUAUUGUUAUGUGUGCAACGUUUGUAUAUUAAUAACCACCUCCGAGGAAUGUGAGGGUCUCGAGAUGCUGGCAUUGUUGUUUUGGGGGUUGCAGGCUGAAAAGUUUGGGAAUCCCAGGUCUACAGAACAAACUAUUUUUAUACAAUGGCUUGCAUAAUUACCCUAACUUUACCCUAAUUAACCUAGUUAAGCCUUUAAAUGUCACUUUAAGCUGAAUACUAGAGUCUUGAAGAAUAUCUAGUCUAAUAUUAUGUGCUGUCCUUAUGGCGAAGAUAAAAUAAAUCAGUUAUUAGAAAUGAGUUAGUACAAUUAUUAUGUUUAGAAAUUCCCCUUGGGGGGCUAAUAAUUCAGAAGGGCUAAUAAUUCUGACUUCAACUGUAUGUCAUUUUUUUUUUUGUUUUUUUGGGGGAGAUUUUAUUAAUGCAUACUGGUAUCUCGAGCCAGAAACUGUGAACAGGCAUCCUAAAAUCCAACUUAUUCUAAUGGCAAUAUCCUUUUUUAAAAUACUGACAUAGUGUACAGUUUUCAGUGAAAACACCGAAGUGACUUCCACCAACCGUGAACUAGUGAAACCGAUUGUUUUUGUAAUGCUACAUCAUUAACGUCAGGAGGUUUAAUGUUAUUUAAUCAAUAACUGCGCCAACGAAACGAUGACAGAAUGCAGAACUGAUCUCAAACUCUGCUCGAUUUUGCAAGGUUUUAGUUUGUACUUGACGUUUCUUUUCCAGCUCAACCCUCUAGGUUUUCAUGAAAUCAUGAUUUAUGUAUUGCUUUAUCAGUUCAUGCAUGGCUAGAACGCAAUAUUUGGUUAAUUUUGACCUUUUUUAAGCCCAAAUAUAGAUACCUCUAAAUAGUCAAGAUACCUCAUGACCGAUGCCUUGAGCUCAGAGCACAAGUUGUGCUGUUUUAUUGAUAUCUAAUGUUGAAAGCGUUAAAAGGAGAGAAACAAAGCUCGUUAUAGCGUCUAUAUUUCAUGCAGAUUCAGCAGUGUGUGUUUGCAGCACUGACUGAAAAAUCGAUAGCCAUAUUCAAGCGAACUUGCGUUUGGUUGAAACUUGGCCGCCAGUUAAAUGCAGUUAUAUAUCUGAGAUUUGGAUUCAUGCAUUCAAUCAUUUUCCUUUGGCUUAUUUGUUAGGUGCGCCAACUAUUCCAGCAUGUGUUUUACACAGUGGAUGCCCUUCCAGCCCUAACCCAGUACUGGGAAACACCCAUACACUCUCACAUUCACACACACACUCAUAUACUACGGCCAAUUCAGUUCAUCAAUCCCCCUAUAGCGCAUGUGUUUGGACUUUGGGGGAAACCGGAGCACCCGGAGGAAACCCACGCCAACACGGGGAGAACAUGCAAACUCCACAUAGAAAUGCCAACUGGCCCAGCCGGGACUUGAACCAGCGAUCUUCUUGCUGUGAGGCGACAGUGCUAACCACUGAGCCACCGUGCCAUCCUAGAUUUGGAUGCAUAUUUCAGAUUAUGAUGAUAAAUGUAAAGAUCUUACUAACACAGAUUUGAUUUAUUGACUAAAGUUUGUCUGUUCUUAAAGUAUUUUCUUAAAGAUCAUCCCUCCAGCAGUACAUCGCUCCGUUGUUUUCUCCCCAAACCGCAGUGCCUUGUCUUUGGAGAAAAGAAUGCGUCUCAUUAUAAACUAUUUUAAUUUUACUAAAUAAACCAGAACGACAUGCUAAUAGUGGAAAUAUGUCAAACCGUUUUUUAGUUAAUGGGAAUUCGUGAUUUCCAUUGAAAUUCGUUGUUCACUUUGUUUUGUGCUGAUUGUUUUGAGUUGAUAGACAUGUUUGAUUGCUGCUUUUGUGCAUUUCUCUGCGCAUCGCAUUGCAAAAAUUGGACAUUAAAAUACGAGAUCGGACGUUAUCGAGAAUGUUUUUUGUUUCUAUUCUUCCGCCCUGGAAUGUAUUCCACGAAUGCUUUAGCAGCAAUCAAUCGCUAUUUUCUACUUUUACCCAAAAAUAGUCCAUGGCUGUUGGUCAGUUUGACAAAUUCGCCCAAAUAUAUGUGCUCUGGGAAAUUUUCUCAAUCAAAUUUCAUCGAAAUAACUCCUCGAAAUGAAUUUUGCUUGCAAAAUUUAGCUGAGCAUCCGCUAAUUUGGCUACACAUUGUGUUUAAUAUUGCAAAAAUCGCUUAUUAAUACGAUAAGAGCCGUGUGCGUUUAAAUUUCAGGUUACAAAUUGGAUUCGCGGAAACGCAACAUUUGUAGGAUUUUUUUUUUUGUGAAUGUUUAGUUUUCUAUCACUAGCUUUACUAGUCUGUAAGCAUUGAUCUAGCUAUAAUUGUCUCUUUUUACUUCAGAAUGCUAAUUUUAUUGCAAGAAAUGUGUGUAUAAACUAAUAUAGAGCCAUCUUGGAUUGCGAACUAGUAAAGCAAUGUUUUGAGGAGAUUCGUUUUAAAAUGCUUUCAUACAUUGAUCGAACUGCAGGAGGUAAUUGAGUUUCUAUUUGUGCCUACUAAGAUUUUGAACUCAUUCGGUUUGUCGACAGCAACCAAAAUUUUGGGAAAUUUCUUAAGUGAGCGACUUUCUAUAUAAGAUUUUGUCUGGUACAGAAUAAAUGUAAUAAAAAUUAUAAUUAAUUUUGAUCUUACAAUACAAUAUUAUCAUUGCUAUGUUGCAGGAUUUUCAGCAAUUCCAACACAAUCUCGCAGCAAUUCGUAACUUUUUGAUUGAGUUAUUCAUAUGAAUUCGUACAAUCUCAUUCGUACAAUUUAGUACGAUUUUCUCGUCCCCCAAUGAUUGUUGGGUUUAGGGGUGGAGUUGUGUGCCACGCCUCCUUUUUAAAAUCAGACAUUUUCGAAAAACUGAGCCAGUAGAAAUCUGUACGAAUUAGCCACUAAACUAACAAAAUAUAAAAUAGUUAUGUUUCCUCGUGAGGUCAGGCUGUUAGUUCUGACUGUUUUUCAUAGUUCUGAGUUUAUAUUUCACAGUUCUAACAUUGAAAUUACAACAUAAAUGCGAAGAAAGGUGAAAUUUGUGAAAAUGGCAAGAUGCAAAUUUGCAAAAUCUAGGAGAAUCAUUUGAAUUGUGAAAUUUAAACUCAAAGUUGUUAGAAUACUAUUGACAAUUGUGAAUUUUUAUUAUAUUAAGUAGAAACAAGCUGUCGUCCUGCAAGUUGUUGUCAAUGAACAGUACUAAGUCAUGCAAACUGUAUCCAUGAGCCUGUGCAAAUUCUCCGCCCAUUUUCCUGCAAAGGGAUGCACUUAAACUGUACAAUAUUUGGUAACUGGAAAUGUGGAGAUUUGUAACCCUGUAAAUAAUUGACGCUAGACUGCGGUAUGUUUUUGACUUUUUUCAUUAAUGCUUUUUAAUAUUGUACGCAUCUAGGUAUUAUGCACUACCGAGAUUAUGAUAUUAUUGUUGAUUGAAAUUGAUCUUUUUAUACAUAAAGCAAAGGUAUCUUUAUUAAUAUAUAUCAAAUGUUGUGAAAUACGAGUUUUAUGCAAUGUUAUGUAAAUAUGGAGGAAGAUUUGUCAUCGAACGACACUUGCAUGGAAAUUCUUGUCCCAAUUUCCACAUUCCUUUUUAAUUCCUACAAGCGUGAGGACUUGCACAUUUCGACCUCAAAUGGAACAAACGGAUGAAUUACUUUGAAUCGUUAAUGUUCUUUAGUGAUCGUUUUGCUAUAAAGCAAGAUGUUGGAAACGUCUGAACCAUGUCGACCAAUCUCAUGCUUAUGAUCAUAUUAUUGAUGUUUGGUCCUCACCUAAUAUACUGUACUGUGAUCCCUGAUGAGGUCUCAGGUAAACAUUGGAGGUACUGAUAUAGAAAUCAUUGAACUGCCUGUGACACAAGUCAAGCCAAAUGGUUUUGUAAAUCCAGCAAGCUUUUCUUUUAUUAUCACCAUUAAGAUGCACUCCCAUACUGUCAGGACAUUAGUAAAUGCAGUAAAACAUGUUUUGUGUGCAUUGUA